CCUUUCUUUCUUUAACCGUUUUUGCCGCGCCUUCCACAGAAGAACUGUUAAGAAACCACCCCCCAAAAAUAGCCAUUGGGCAUGGGGGCUUCUGCUCUAUCUUCUUGGACUCUGCCCUCAUUUCCAGGUCGGCCAGCUCCCGGUUCCGAUUGACCACCAGCAAUCGGAUCGGAACAGAUAGCGCGUCCCCCAUCCCACAACGGCAAAAUCCCUUUGCUUCAAUAACAACUUGAGAACUCAAUUCAAUUCAAACUCCACCAUCUGUUUGUUGAAUUCAGUGCACACAUAUUUUUUCUUCUUAUUUCUUGUCUGAAUUUUUCUUGUUUGCUUGAGGGAUUUUGGAUUGAUAUAAGCUAGUUUUGAUUUGUUUGUUCCCUUAUAUUGGGUUGGUUUGAAAUUUUGAUUUGGGUACGGUUUGCGCCUCAAGAGAUCUUGGAAUAUCGUCGCAUCGUUUAUAUUUUUCUCUUGAAGCAUGGGGGUAUUGUUCGAAUGAGCAAAAGCGCUUCCUGUGGCUGGAAGUUUCUAUCUCGAGUAGUCAAAUCCUUUCGGCCAAAAUGACAACCAAAGUGAAGGACCUUCUGAAGGGCUUGAGAUACAUUUCGCAUAUGUUUGAUAGCGAAAAGGAGCAAGAAAUUCAGAUUGGCUAUCCUACAGAUGUUAAACAUGUUGCGCACAUUGGGUGGGAUGGUCCAUCGGUGAAUUCUCCGAGCUGGAUGAAUGAAUUCAAAACCGCUCCAAAUUUCUCAUCCGGGCCAUUAAGUCGCACUGAAGAAGAAACUAAACCCAUUGUACCCAAAGGUUUCUCAGAAGAAUUAAGUCGAACCGGCCCCGGAAUGCAAGACUCUCCAUUUCGAAAUGUCUUGGAAAAGCCAAAGAUACCGAGACGCCACCAUUCGUCCGGUCUUCCGUCACCUGUUGACUCCCCCCGGCGUCGCUCUGAAUCAAAGCAAUCUAGGCGACAUCACUCUGCAGGAUCUUCGGUGGAUUCUCAGACUGGAGAAUCGGGCAGUGCAAGAGGAGGUAGGAGGCGCCACCAGAAUUCUGGUCUCGGGCUCGAAUCACCUUCGAAAGACUCACCUUCCAUCCCAAGACACUCUCGUCGAAGGAAGUCAAAGGGGUCUAAUUCUGCCGGCGGGUCAACGAGAUCAUCAAGAAGAAGCGAGAGUUCCAUCACUGAAGCUGAUACAUUAUCUGAUCCUAAUCUUGGGUCUGUGCCCGAGUCUGGGCAUGAACCGAAAAAGAGUGAUGAUCCAUGCUCGAAUUCAGUUUCUAAUGCACAAGAAGAAGAGAAGAGGUGCUCUGAGAUCUCAUGAGGAGUUCGUGAUUUCUCUAUGCUAAAAAAGAUUGAAGAUAACUUCCUUCUUGAAGGCAUAGCUUCUAAUGGUUUUCCGCAUCGGUAUCCUGUUUGUUUUCUUCUCGUUCCGGUGAUUGAAGCUUGCGUAGUUCGUGUCAAGUAAUUGGUUUCACUUCUCCUCAGGUUGAUGGGGUAGCCUUGAAAUUACAGGAAAAGAAAGAGAAUGGACUCGAAAUCAUAUGAGAGAUUCGAAGCAAUACCUGAAAGAUUCCAGAUUUUGUAUUUUCUUGCAAAUUCUAGGCUUCCAAAAGGUGCAUUAUUGAGUAAUUUAUGUGAAAAAAAAAA